AUGGCGAGGAAUUCAUCAGAUUAUGGAGCUUACACGGAAAAAUUCACUCUGCAACCUCCUCCUUCAUCUCAUCAACUUCCGUUAACUGGACUCAUCUUUGCUGUCAAAGAUAUAUUUGAUGUGGAGGGGACGCAUUCUGCUGCUGUAUCAACUGCUCCGGCUGUUUUGGAUAUGCUCAAGGCUGGUGCCACGUGUGUUGGGAAAACUGUGACGGAUGAAAUGGCUUACAGCAUAGAUGGAGAAAAUAAACAUUGCGGGACACCAACUAAUCCUUGUGCUGCAGAUAGAGUACCUGGAGGAUCUUCUAGUGGAUCUGCUGUUGCAGUCGGUGCAAAGCUUGUAGAUUUCUCUUUAGGUACUGACACUGGAGGAAGCGUUAGAGUUCCUGCAUCAUAUUGCGGGAUUUUUGGUUUUCGACCAUCUCAUGGAAUUGUUUCAACAUCUGAAGUCAUUCCUAUGGCACAAAGUUUUGAUACUGUAGGAUGGUUUGCAAGAGAUCCUGUGAUUUUGAAGCGUGUUGGAAAGGUUUUAUUGAAAUUGCAAGACGAUAAUCCUGUGAGAUUUAGUCGUAUUAUUAUUGCAGAAGAUUGUUUCAAACUCUCAAGCAUCCCAUCUGAACGACUUAUAGAAGUCCUCAUUAACUCAAUAGAGAAGCUAUAUGGAAGUCAGAAAAUAGAGUAUGCAAGUCUCGGCAAAUACGUUGAGGACAAUGUUCCAAGUUUGAAGCAUUUUAGUAAUAAUGGAACCAAAAACCAAGAGGAUAAUAUACCAUCAUUGGUAGCUCUUUCAAGUGCCAUGCGGUUGCUUCAAAGGUAUGAAUUCAAGAACAAUCACGGUGAAUGGGUCCGCUCGGUUGAGCCCGAUUUAGGUCCUGGAAUAGCGGAGCGAGUGUUGGAAGCUUUCCAGACAACAGAUGAAAAAAUAGACAUAUGCUGUUCAUUGAAGACUGAAAUGCGCGCAGCUCUCAGCGCUCUAUUGGGAGAUUCUAGCAUCUUAGCCAUGCCUACAGUUCCCGGCCCUCCACCAAAGCUACAAACAGAGCCAACCACACUGGAAACUUUUCGUGCCAAGGCUUUUAGUUUGUUAUCUGUUGCUGGAGUAUCUGGGUUUUGCCAGGUGAGCAUACCAUUAGGCACACAUGAUGGUCUCCCUAUAGCAGUUUCGUUGCUGGCAAAUCAUGGUUCAGAUGGAUUCUUGCUUGAUUUUGUGGAGAGCAUUGACGCCACUCUCAAGAGGCAAUGA